AAACCCUAUACAUACACACACCAACGAAACUCAAUCUUCCUCUUGUACUUCAUCCAUCGAUCAACAUCGCACUCUUUCGUACUCCCCCUUGCUUCCCAGUUUGGGCUUUCCUUCUCCAAACCAGAAACCCUAGUUUUUCUUAUCCCUUUCUUGUACAUUUUAGAUGGCGGAGGAAGAGGUCGUCGCGGCUGCACCCAGUCCCGUCCCUUACGAUCAUAAGCGGAAGCUUGAGGAUGUCGAGCCCCAAGCUCCCCAUGUCGGCAUGCCGGUCGACUCUGCUGUGGACCCUGAUGCGGACAAUAAUGAUGUAGCAGCAUCUGAUUCGUCCGAGGCCAAGCGGCCUAGGCUCGAUGACGACAAAACUGACGGCGGCUUAGCAGCCAGUGAGAAUGGGUUCCAAGCUGGGAAGUCAGAUGAACCUGCGAAGGUGGAAGAGGAGGCUUUGCAACAAAAUGAGGUUAACAAGCAAUCGGAGGAUGGUGAUGCUCCAUCUGAUGAAGCUCAAGCAACCGCAAAACCUGAGCAAGUUGAAGGAACAACAGAAGAAACAGAGCAACUGUCUACAGAUAACCAUAAGACUACUGAUGCCCAGUUAGGUAAAGUUGAGAGUUCUGAGACAGAUAAUGGUCAGGAACCUGCUAAAGAGGAUAAUAAAGAACCUUCUGAGGAGAUGAAUCAGCAGGAGGUUGAUGAUGGUUCAACUAUCACCCGCAAAAUGGAGGUUCCAAAUGCUAAGGUUGGAGUUCUCAUUGGCAAGGCAGGGGAUACUAUAAGGUACCUGCAAUACAACUCUGGGGCAAAAAUUCAAAUUAUGAGGGAUGCUGAUGCUGAUCGGGAAGCUUCAACAAGGCCUGUGGAAAUAAUAGGGACUUUGACCAGUAUAAUAAAGGCGGAAAAGCUUAUAAAUGCUGUCAUAGCAGAGGCUGAUGCUGGGGGUUCUCCUUCCCUUGUAGCUAGGGGCCUUGCUACUACACAGGCUGCUGGAGCUGCUGAUCAUAUUGAGAUACAAGUUCCUAAUGAGAAGGUUGGUUUAAUCAUUGGUAGAGGUGGGGAAACUAUAAAAGGACUGCAGACCAGGUCAGGGGCACGUAUUCAGGUAUUGAUACCUCAACAUCUCCCAGAAGGGGAUGGAUCUAAAGAAAGGACAGUAAGAGUGACUGGUGAUAAGAAGCAGAUUGAGAUUGCGAGAGAAAUGAUAAAAGACGUUAUGAAUCAGACUGUCAGGCCAUCACCUCUCUCUGGUGGUUUCAAUCAGCCACCCUACCGACCUCGAGGAACCACUGGUCCACCUCAAUGGGGACCCAGGGGCCAUCCUGCCCAGCCUGCAUCAUAUGAUUAUCAGCAACGGGGACCGUAUCCGUCUCAAAACUCUCAUUACCAACAUCCUCCUUAUGGUGGCUACCCUUCUCAUCAAAUGGCUCCAAGAAGCAACUUUGGCUCUAGUUGGGAGCAGAGGCCUCAUAGCAUGCAAGGACCUCCACAGACUGGAGGUUAUGAUUACUACAGCAGACAAGGAAGUGCCUCUGGCCCUCAUUCGAAUCCAAUUCCUGUGCAUGGCCCUGCACCUGCUCCAGCUAUGGGGCCAUCAUCAGCUCAGUCAAAUUAUAAUUAUGGUCAGCCUCAUGGUCCAGCAGAUUAUUCACAUCAAGCCUAUUCCCAUACUGCUCAUCAGCAUAGCUAUGGACAUGGAUAUGAAGAGAAGUAUGAAAAUCAUACCCAAGCUCAGCAUCCGUAUGGGUCUUCUCAGCCAGGAUAUGCACAGUCAGGUCCUCAACCUGGAUAUGCCCCACAGCAGCAGUAUGGUAAGCCACCAUCAUAUGGCAUGCAGUCACAAGGACCCCAAACAUAUGGUCCUGCAGCCAAUCAACCAGAAGUACCAUAUCAAGGUCCAACAGCCCAGUCAUAUGGUCCGAAUGUGAGUGUGCCUUCUCAGCAACAAUACCCAUAUGCAUCAGGUGCUCCCAUGCAACAAAGCUAUCCUCCAUAUGGUUCUGCACCACCCAGUGAUGGGUAUAGUCAGCCCCCGCCUGUGACUGGCCAGGCUUAUCUGCAUCAAGGUAGCCAGCCUGUUCCUGGUUAUAGUCAGCCUUCUGCUCAGCAAGCAACUGCUUAUGCACCUGCAAGUACUGCUACUGGGUAUGGUCAAUACCCGCCCUCACAACAGGGUUACUCUGAACAACCAGCUCCAACCAAUGCAGGUUAUGGCUAUCAAGGGGCGCAAGAUCCUGCUUAUGGUGGUGCCUCUGCAGCAACAUAUGGUGCAGCACCAAGUGGGCAAACGACUUAUGCUCAAUCAACAGCAGCUCAGCCUACCUAUGAUCAGUCUGUUCCGCAGUCUGGUGGUUAUGCAGCAGCGCCAGGUAGUGCACCUGUUGCGUAUGCCAAAACAGUAUCCCCACAGCCUGGAUAUCAGCAGUAUGAUUCAACCCAGAUGUAUGCUGCACCGCGUUGACAGUUUUUUGUAGUUUUGGUGUAUCAGUGAUAAUGUGGUCAUGUACUGGACAUUCUGUAGGUAGUGACCUUAAUUUUGUUUUUGAGGUCUUGUAGCUGUGUCUAUUUCAGUCCUUACUGUGGGUGGUACUAGGUUCUUUCUUUUUUCCCCAUGCCCUUUGGAUAAUAUUGCCAUCUAAAUGCAGCUAACGUGGUUUUUAAUGGUAUUAUUAUUGCCCC